GGAAAAGUAAGAUAUUGUCAUUACUAUAUGGAUUUUCCAACACAUUAAUAUUUUGAAAUAACAAAAUAAUAACUCUCUAUAAAAAGCAAAACAUAAAAAAAGGAAAAACAACAUGGAAGGAUUCUAUAACAUUAAUAUUAAUUGGUUCAUGCAUCUUCAUACCCUCUCUCUCUAUACAUAUAUAUUUAUAUAUAUAGGUAUAAAUAUUCAUAUAUAAGUCCCAACAAGUGUGACCCAACUACAAAAUAUUUCAAUACAUAAAAAUAAAAAAUAAAAAUCAGAGGAGAAAAUUAAAGAUGUGUGGCAGUGAGAACCAAGCUUCUACCAAUGGCACCACCACCACCAAACUCAAUUCUCCAUCAUUAUCAUCUGACAUUGUUCUUAAUCUUGAUCAUGGUGAUCCAACGGUGUACGAAGCGUACUGGAAGAGAUUGGAAGAGAAAUGUACGGUUGUGAUUAAAGGAAGCGAGUUGAUGAGUUACAUAAGCGAUGUGGAAAAGCCUUGUUGGUUUAUGGAGCAAGAUUUGGAAAAUGCCAUUAAGAAACUCCACCGUUUAACAGGUAACGCCGUCGUCGAUGACCGUUAUGUGGUCGUCGGAACUGGCUCCACUCAGCUUUAUCAGUCUCUACUCUAUGCUAUCACUACUACUUCCUUCGCCGGUGACGGUAACGGUGACGGUGACAACAACCCUCUUCAUCAUGAUCAACUACCUGUUCCCGUAGUUUGUGCCGCUCCUUACUAUUCGCAAUAUGCUGAAGAGGCGGAUUAUCUGAGAUCUGGACUAUACAAGUGGGGUGGUGAUGCAUAUGCAUUUGAUAAGGAUGGACCUUAUAUUGAAGUAGUUACUUCCCCAAAUAACCCAGAUGGCACAACUCGUGAAGCUGUUGUAAUAAGUGACCAAGGAAAGAUUAUCUACGACAUGGCCUAUUAUUGGCCUCAGUACACCCCAAUCACUCGUCCUGCUAAUCACGACAUUAUGUACUUUACCUUUUCCAAGAGCACUGGCCACGCCGGUUCUCGCAUUGGAUGGGCUCUUGUGAAAGACGAGGCUAUAGCUAGAAAAAUGACUAAGUUCAUUGAGCUAAGCUCGAUUGGAGUGUCUAAAGAUUCUCAGAUUAGAGCUGCAAAGAUCAUGAAAGUUAUUUGUGAUGAUUACCAAGAUUUCAAGUCUCAUAAUAAUAAUAAUAAUAACAACACUCAUUUCUUUGAGUUUUCACGUAAACUCAUGGAGAAUAGAUGGAAGAGGUUGAGAGAAGUGGUUGGUCGUAGCAAUGUUUUUAGUCUCCCUAAGUACUCUCAAGAAUACUGUCUUUUUAAUGGAGAGUGCACUGAGUCAUAUCCUGCAUUUGCUUGGCUGAAGUGCAAAGAAGAGGGUGUAGAAGAUUGUGAGAAGCUUUUGAAGGAAUACAAGAUAUUGGGGAGAGGUGGGAAACGAUUUGGAUCUGAUUCAAGCUAUACUAGAGUCAGUAUACUGAGUAGGGAAGAUGUGUUUCAACAGUUCUUGGAUAGGCUUGAGAGUAUUAAAGCCAAUUAAAACAAAUUAAUAAUAAGAAUAAUUUAUAUAUAUAUAUUUAUAUAUAUGCCAAUUCUUAGAAGAAAUGGUUGUGUGUUGACCGUUCUUUAAGAAAUGGUUUUUAUGUUUUAAUGUUUUGUAUCUUGUUUGUUAAGUUAUAUAGUCGUCCUGUGAACUUAUCUAUUUAUAUAUAUAUAGCUCUUUCUGUUAUAUUCGUGCAGCAAAUUGAUCAACGACAGUUAAUUAUUA